GCUGCGAUACCCUGGUCCAAUUCUUCUGCUGAUAAGAGAUUUGAAGACGAUCCUUGGACAGGUUGCUGAGCCACCAUGAUCCCUAGGCUCCUUUCCCUUCUCUACCUCCGGCUCUGUGUUGGACAAACAGACAUUUCUGACAAUGGGUCCCCUCUCAAGCACAGCCUCAGCGCCUGGCCCAGCUCACUGCUUCCUAGCAAGAGCAGUGUGACAAUGCGGUGUAAGAGCCCUGCCCCAAGUGAAUUCUUCAUCCUCAAAAAGGAAGGCUUUGUUUUCGAUGUCAAGAAGUCAUAUUAUUUGACAGAGGCUGAGUUUAACAUCACCAAGAUACAGCAGAGUUAUGGAGGGUACUACACCUGUGAAUCCUACAGCCAAGGGCCCAAUGUCACAAGGAUACAGCCCAGUGACCCACUUCUCCUACUGGUCACAGGGUACUUGCCUAAACCUUCCCUCCAAGCCUACCAGUGGGGCACAUUGACUUCAGGAAGCAAUGUGACAUUGCAGUGCCUGAGGACAGACAGUGUGCUCGGACCAGUAAGGUUUGCUUUGCUGAAGGAGGGACACUCAUCUCCUCUGCAAAUGAGCAGAUUAGCAGGAAUGGAGCUGGACUUCUUUCUUCUGAACGUGACAGCCAGAGACUCGGGGAAAUAUAGCUGUGUGUACUACCAGGCAAGUCCUCCCUACCGGGCCUCAGCCCUCAGCAACCCCCUUGAGAUGGCUGUGACAGAUGCCACGACAGAAGACUAUGCACCUCCAGAUGAUGUGGCAAAAGGCUACACCAUGGGUAACCUCAUCCGGAUUGGAGUGGCUGUUGUAAUUGUGCUAAUAAUGGGAGGCUUCCUGGUUGAAGUCUGGCAUAGCCAGAGGCUGUCUCCAAAUAAACCCUGGCCCUACAAUGCCCCAGGGGACCAAUGAAUCCUUGGUGAAAUUGGACCAAAUUAUCCCUGUGAAUUUCUGUGUGGCCGUGAAAUCAGCUCUUUGGCAUGGGCGAUAGCUGUCUCAUUUCGACUCUGCACAUAGAACGGAUGCCAGGCCUUGGCACAGAUGUACCAAAUCUUUCUCCGUCCCACGUGCCAACUCCCAGAUAAAUACACAGAGACUUCUUAUUAUGAAAGCUUGACGAUAGCUUGGGCUUGUUCCUAACUAGUUCUUAUAGCUUAAAUUAACCCACAUUUUUUUUUUUUAAAUCUGUUCUUUUACUUUGUCUGGGUUACUUUUACUCUGUUCUGCCCAUCCUGCUUUCUCCACAUCUGGCUGGUGACUCUGCUCUUCUUCCCUGAGACAUCUCUGAUGGGAGAUGUCAUUCUGUAUAUGUUUCUCAUACUGGUUAAUGAAUAAAGCACUGUUGGCCAAUAGGAAAGGAAGAUAGGAGGGACUAGGAGACAAGGAGGAAAGAGGAAGUAGGAAGGAGGAGUCAGGAUGGAGAGCCUGGAGAGAACAGAACCGCCAUUCCUCCGCUCUCGGUAAGACCACGUGGAAAUACAUAGAAAUGGGUUAAUAAUUAAGACAGAGCUAGCCAAUUAGAAACUAGCACCUGGCCAAUAGCAUUGUAUCAAAUACAGAGUCUCUGUGCAUUAUUUGGGGCUGGCGGUGUGGCGGCAGGACAAGACCAGGCGGCGGGCAGAAAAACCGUACUCCUUACACAUCUCUAUCUCCAGAAGUCCCAUCUAACAUCUUCCUGCUUAGCUAUUGAACAUUCAGCUCUUUAUUAAAG